AUGGGCAGGGUCCGGGAGACGCACCGAUUCUUCGACCUCUACCUGCCGGGGAUCCAAUUGCCCGGCAACAAGGCGAAGACCAGGCCCCACCCUAUGGAAUACUGGAAACGCGAAUUUCUUCCAGUUGGGGAGACCAUCUUGGAGGAAGGCGUGGAAGUGUUGGACCCCUGUGUCUUCAUGGUGCAGCGCGGCAAAUUGGAACUGCGACGAUACAGGCGCUCCAGCGCCAACCCGGCCUACCUCCUGGCCACGCAGCCAUUACGAGGUCGCCGGACGCGGAUCGUCUCCAAGGAGUUGCCUGCGGCACUUCCGGAAAUCGCAAGGAGCUUUGUGGAAGAUCUGGAUGAAGACGGUUUGCCACGCUUGGGAUUGCCGCCACCUCUGAAGGGCAGCGUCCGACAGAAGUUGGAAGGUGCCUACUUUGCAGAUCCGAAAAGCUUCAUCCCGGCCGAUGUGCCGACGUCGACGGAAGGAGCCAAGGUCUAUCACCACAAGGUGUUGCUGAAGGAACGUUUGGAGUCGCGCGCGGAACAACGGAGGGACCGGUUGAGGGACAAAGCUGUCCGGGAAGCGAAGCUGGCGAUGGAAGCGGAGGAGGAGGAUACCCGAGAUUCGAGUCCUCGCAAGACCUUUGAGCAGAUGGAAGAGAUUCGA